AUGGAGGAAGAGCCAGUGGUCAUAUGUGCCAAAACCGCCGGGACAACCAACUAUGCCGAUCCUGGUGGAUUUGAAUGGACAGACGACGUUAAGAAGAGGAUGAGGGCUGUAUUCGGGAUCAAGGAAUUUAGGCUGUGUCAAGAAGGAGUGGUAAAUGCUGUUAUGGAUGGCCGAGACGUCGUGUGCGUUAUGCCUACUGGAGGAGGCAAAUCCCUCACCUACCAGCUACCCGCGUUGGUGCUUCCCGGAUGCACACUGGUCAUUUCUCCCCUUGUGGCCUUGAUCAUGGAUCAGGUUAUGCAUUUAAGAGAGAAUGGGAUUGAGGCAGUCAUGCUCACCGGCGCAACUAAGAAAGAGGAGUCCCGGUCUAUAAUGCAAAGAUUAGCUCAAGCUGGAAAGUCCAAAGGUAUAGUCGCUGCGGAUAAGGUAGGAAGUUCGAGAGAGAAGCCGAUCAAAUUGUGUUACGUGACUCCUGAAAAAAUAGCCAAGAGCAAGACGUUCACCUCGACUCUUGAAAAAAUGUGUACCGCCGGACAAUUGGCCAGAAUCGUGAUUGAUGAGGCGCACUGUGUGUCUCAACUCGGCCACGACUUUCGACCGGACUAUAAGAAACUUUCCAUUUGCGCCAACUCUUCCCGAAUGUCCGAUUACGGCGCUAUCCGCCACAUGCCCCCCAAAGGUGCUAAAAGAUCUACUGGUGACACUUCGAAUGAGACAGGUCACAGAUGGCAACACCAUGCUCUCCUAGAUGCAAACACGUCGGACACCGUCUACUUUUCCGCGCCACUUUAUCGCAAGAACCUACAUUACUCCGUGCUACCCAAACCUGCAUCCGCGGCAGGAGCAAUUCAGGUCAUGGCCGAUUACAUUACACAAAACCAUGCGGGGCAUAGCGGGAUUGUCUAUGCCUGA